AUGGCUUCAUCGAGCAGGAUGCUGGUGGCGGCGGCGGUGGCCGCCCUGGUGGGCGUGGCGUGGUGCGCGCCGCCGCCGGUGAGCUUCACGGUGGAGAAGGGGUCCGACAAGACGCAUCUGGCGCUGCAGAUCAAGUACGACAAGGCCGGCGACAGCAUGAAGGAGGUGGAGCUGAAGCAGAAGGAGGACUGGCUGCCCCUGAAAAAGGGCUACAGCGGCGCGUGGGAGAUCAAGAGAGACAAGCCCCUCGAGGGCCCCUACAGCUUCCGCUAUGAGACCCAGAAGGGCCAGCGCAACGUCUUCGACGAUGUUGUCCCCAUAGAUUUCAAGAUCGGCACCACCUACAAGCCAGAGGCGACCUACUGA